UUUUUUUUUUUGUAAUAAAAUUAUUACAAAGACCGCAAUAUUUUAAUAAAGCACCUUACGAGAUGACCUAUUUUCGAUUUAGAUCAAGUGAACUCGACAAAUCAACAACGUUAGAAGUGAACCAUAUGAUUGAUGGCACGCUGCGCGACAUAAAAAGCGCAACAAUAGAAAUUGCCGAUUGUUCACAUUCGAUUGAUAGUCUUCAUCUAAAUAAAAAAAUGUCGUAUUUCUAAAAUGGCGAAAGAUCGUUGCAAUAAUCCAGGGCAGGCGCACACAAAUUCUAAAUCUUUCGUGCAAAAACUGUGUUGCACUAAUAAUUCUUAUAUAACAAUGAUUCGAAAUCGAGAACUCCGCUCCGUUGCGCGAAUACGUGACUCCGUCGUGUAUAUAUGUAUAUCCAUGGUAAAUGGCUCGGUAACUAUGCAAAUUUAAGUGCAGGAAGAUCCAUUCGUUUGUUAAACGUGAACGAAGGCCUCACACCGCGUUAACCCACGCAAUUUUUUUAUUUUUGCGUUGCGUGAAGUGAAAGCGUAAGAAAAUCCCGAUUAAUCCCGAUUAAAGAUGAACCACGUGAUUCUCGGUUCAAAAUUUUAUAAGUUUCAAAGACUUGAAGUAAGAACAAAAUUAAAUGUAGGGGGAAAAUUGUUCAUUAUGGUUGUUUUGGUUCGGACAUAAUACAAGAUAAUACGAGAAACUAGCGUAACUCCAAAUAAAAUCCUUUUCCUUCCAGAAUGUUAUAGAGGAAAUUGUUGUAUAGAAAUAUUAAGAAUGCAGGAAAUUAACGAUAUAGUUUUGGAGGAAGAACAAGAAGAUAUAAAUGAGCAGGAAGAUCAAUCGGAAGAAAGAUCAACGGAAGACGAGAUACGAAUGAUUAAAAAAGCAAAAGAAUCUAAAAAGGAUGAGGAAAUAGAUGAAAAAAUUGUAACAUUUUUGCAUGAAAAAGGUUUGAGUGAAAAUCUUAUCAAGACAUUGAUUAAAAAUGAUCUUACAGAUGAACAUAUCAGAUUUUUGAAAGGGUUAAAUUUAAAUGACGACAACAUUGACUAUUUGCAAGAUUUAUGGAAAACAAAGAUCGAAAUUAAUAAAAGCAGCGGCAGUUCUAUUAAUUCCAUCACAUCUAGCAAUUCAUUGUCCAACGAUUACAUUCAAUUGUCACCGAACAGUCUUUAUCUAAAAAAAGUUUUAAGUAAACCCUUGAUCCAAGCUUUAUGUGACAUUGUGGCAAAGAAACCGAGCGACCCCAUCGAAUAUUUAGGCCACUGGUUACUUCAUUACAAAAUUUGUGAAGAACGGGCUAUACAGCAGAAAAAGCGCGAAUUAGAGCUCUCAAUCGAUAGAGAAAAGUUGGAUUUAAAAGACAUUGAAGAAAAAAAAAGUAUUCUUACCGAACAGAAGGAAGACGAAGACGAAUAUAGCGAGGAUCACAAUUUUUUUGAUUAUGGCGAAUAAUAUAAAUUAACCAUCAAUUAUUUACAAGCAGUCUUUUCAAUAGACCAUAAAAAUGCGAAGAUUAAAUAAUUCGAAAUAAAUUUUGAUGAAUAU